AUGCUUAGUAACUUUUUGGAGAAAUUAUCUGAAUCAGAAAGAAGAUUUUUAGCUGCAAUUAUUUUAACACUCAUACUCAGCGCUACUCUGAAAAAAAAGAAAGGAACAUUACAUAACAUUUGUGCCUGUAUUAUAUUGUACAUAACUUUUGGCUAUUUACAGAUGCUUUAUUUUUUUAUUGCUAUAUUUAUAAAUCUUAAUUUAUUGAUUAUUUUUAGAUUUAAGGAAUAUUCACUUACUGUAAUUAAUUUUGCUAUAUUAUAUUUAUUUAAAAUUUUUGGUAAAGACUUUUAUCCUCAUAUACAAGGUACAUGUGAUAUUUCAGGUAUUUUAAUGCUUUUAACAAUUAAAAUGUCAUAUUUAGGGAGAGAUUUUGAUAAUAAAAAGCACACUUUAUUGGAUGCAAUAGGUUACAUUGUAUUUAUACCUGGACUUAUUCUGGGACCUACUACGACAUUUAUAGAAUUUAUAGAAACACCUGUAUCUACAGAAAUUGCAUCUCCGCUUCCAACAUUUAUAGCAUCCGCAAUUUUUUUGGUUUUAAUAAAGAUUACAGAGAAUUUUUUUCCUGUUAGUGUACUAUACAAAAAAAAUAUUAAUAUUGGUACUAGAUUAUUAAAUUUAUACUUUUAUAACCUUGGACAAAGAUUUAGAUUUUAUUUUGCAUGGCAUUAUUCAAAUGGAUGUUAUAUUUUACAAGGAUUUAAUGAUAUGCUUAAUAUAAAAUUUUUUAGGGUAGAAACAGCAACUUGUAUUAAAGACUUAUCCCUAGGAUGGAAUAUUAAAACCAAUAAGUGGUUAAAAGAAUGUUAUUUCGACAAAAUUAAACAUAGAAAUAUAUUCUUGGCGUCUUUUGUUACAUUUACUGUAUCGGCUUUAUGGCAUGGAGUUAAACCUGGAUAUUUAAUUAUGUUUUUAUCUUUUUGUUUUUCUAUUCCUGUAAUUAAAGGAGUUAAUAGAAUUAUAUUGAAAUAUGCAUCAGUAUUGUAUCCAAUAUUAUCUAGAAUUCAAAUGAUUUUUUUUAUAAUGUACUUUUCAGUACCAUUUUUUUUAUUAGAUGUAUCUAAAAUUUAUAAAGUUUGGUCUAGCGUUUAUUUUUAUGGUCAUAUUUAUUGUGCAUUUGCACUGUAUUUGAUAUAUUUAUUAUAA